AUCACCGGCAUCUACGACGAAGUGUGCCGACUUAUCAAAACCAAGAUUGCCACUGGAGUCUAUGAGCCGUCAAAUUCGUCCUACCGAUCACGCUGGUUUAUGGUCAUUAAGAAGACGAAUAGCACCACCACUGGCACCAAACUCCGAAUCGUUCACAGCCUCGAACCCCUGAAUGCCGUCACCAUCCAGCAUUCAGGUGUGCCCCCAUAUACCGAUCAGAUCGCUGAACAGUUUGCAGCUCGCGCUUGCGGCGGCAUUCUGGAUCUCUAUGUUGGCUAUGAUGAACGAGGGCUCUCCGAAUCAUCUCGCGACUUCACCACGUUCCAGACCCCAUUCGGCGCCCACCGACUCGUCACCCUACCCAUGGGAUGGACGAAUUCGGUCCCGAUCUUCCACGACGAUGUCACCCACAUCCUC